CGUUGACCAGGAACUACAGACACACUAUUCCUACCAUGGACAACCAGCCAGAGCCCAAUGAACCAUGGCUGGUCCUUUUGCCCCUGCUCAUUGUACUCUCUACCUUUCUCUUUCUGCUCCUUCUUUUCCUGCUAUGUAUCCUUCUCCUACGCAGACGCCGCUCCAUCAUCCUACGCGAUUCCGACGGCCCCAUCGACAUGAGCAGGGAGGACCUCAUCCAAGGCGAAGGAGGCUUUGAAGGUGUCGAGUCUCGGUGGCUGGAGAGCGUCCCAGAGAACGUUCGAAGAGACUAUUUGCGAGCUAGAGAUUACCAGCUGCAGUACCCUCCAAAUUCCCUUCCCACAGACAUAACGCUAUCCCAAUUCCUCUCCAUCCAGGAAAAGGGCGUUUCGGCGUGGUGUUUCGAGCCAGAUUACGAAACCGUAAACUCCCUACUCGUGCAUGCAAGAACCGAAAUCACAUUUCUUCCUGACCCCGCUUCGUCGUCAUGCGUACAGUCGAACCUGCCUCUACCCAAACUGAAUGAAGUCUACUACUGGGAGAUUAAGAUGUUUGAUCUUCCUCCGACAACCAACGUUGCUGUGGGCCUAGCGACCAAGCCUUAUCCUCCUUUCCGUCUCCCUGGUCAGAGCCGGUACUCUGUCGCCUACCUCUCCAACGGCGACAAAUCGCACAAUUAUCCAUUCACUGCAUCGUCAUUCAACGCUUCUCUAAAGGAAGGCGACAUUCUAGGUGUGGGAUAUCGCCCCAGAACAGGCACGGUCUUCUUCACCAGGAACGGCCGCAAACUUGAUGAUGCGUAUGUCGGCUUGAACCGAUUCAACCUCUUCCCUACCAUUGGCGCCGACGGUCCCUGCAGCGUUCAUGUAAACCUUGGUCAAGGAGGCUUCGUCUUCGUGGAAGCUAACGUCAAGAAAUGGGGUCUUGCGCCAAGUGUUGGGACCCUUGCGCCGCCUCCUGCUUAUGGUAGCGAACGCGGAAGUAUCCUGCUUGAUGUCGGCGGUCGCAUCAGACUACCAACUGAUGGCACGCCAUCGCCCAGCAGUCCUGGCGCCUCGCCAUCACGCCGCUUACACCGGACUCGUCGACCACGACAGCCGCCAGGCGAACCCAUUGUCUCGUCACCACUCAGGUCGUCGGAGCUGUUUAGCCCGCCGCCGCCCAUCACACCCGUUGACGAGGAGCAUGAUGAAGAGGAUGAGGGCAGUCGUUCACUACGGUCCUCCCCCACCACUUCAUCCAGAUCGCUAUCGCCCGAAGGUGCGCGAAACCCAUUUACGACGCCUCGUCGUCACCGUUACUCUCUCACUCAUAUCGCGGCGUCCUUAUCCGACUCAGGAUCCUCAGACGUCACAGUCCAGGUACAUCCACCUCCCGAGUCUCCUAUGAGCCCUGCCAAUCCACCAACGCCUAAUCACCGUGAUAUCCAUUUGCAGGCGCUGUCAUCAAAUAGGCACCGACCAGGUAGUCCAGAGAGUGGAGUUGUUAGUGAUGGAGACGACGAUGACAGACUAAGGAAUGGGAGCUUGUCUAGACGAGACCCCCCUGCCUAUUCGCCGUUGGAUGCGUUCACCUACGCUGACGGGGUGCACAUCGAUUUACCCGCAGAGUUUAUUGCUGCAGCUUUGGAAGGAAAUUCUAUACCCGCGAGUGCGCUGGGACAGGCUAAUACUUCGCGAGAUAGGCGACGCAGUCGAAGGCAUUAAAUAUAAGAUGGUAUAUGUAUGUGGGUGCCAGUUUGUUUACCUUACUGUUUCGUGUGCAGUACUGAGGUACGGUCUGCAGUAUUAGUGCGAAACGACUAUAUAUGAUGAUGAUGAUAUGUUGUAAUAAAUUUCCUGGUCAUUAUGAUUG